AUGUGGAGUCCCAGAGUUUCUCUGAUAUGUGCACAAUGCAUGUCCACUGAGAUUCGGAGGUGUCCAGUUCCUGGCUGUGACAGUCUUGGACACAUCAGUGGAAAGUAUGCUACCCACCGUAGUGCCUAUGGCUGUCCACUUGCAGCAAAGCGACAGAGGGAAGGUCUACUAAAUGGCACUCCUUUCUCUUGGAAGGCCUUUAAGACCGAAGGCCCGACCUGCCCAACACCAGGCUGUGAUGGUUCUGGUCACGCUAAUGGCAGUUUCUUGACACACCGCAGUCUCUCAGGUUGUCCCAGAGCUCCAGCCAGCAAGAAGAAAGUCAGGCUUCCUGGAGACGAAUAUAUAACAGCAAAGUUCAGAGCCAGCGACGUUCUGGAUAAUGAUGAAGAUAUCAAGCAGCUGAACAAGGACAUCAGUGAACUGAAUGAGUCCAACGCAGAGAUGGAGGCUGACAUGAUGAAUUUGCACACUCAGAUUUCUUCAAUGGAGAAGAACCUGAAGAACAUGGAGGAGGAAAACAAACAGAUAGAGGAGAAGAAUGAAGCUUUGUUCUUGGAGCUCUCUGGUCUGAGUCAGGUGUUAAUUCGCAGCCUGGCCAACAUCCGCCUGCCUACCAUGCAGGAACCAGUGUCCGAGCAGAACUUCGAUAAUUACGUGGAGACUCUGACCUACAUGUUCACCAAUAAAGACUGCUACCAAAACCCCGACACCCGGGCCCUGCUGGAGUCCAUCAGUCAAGCAGUAAAAGGAAUAGAGCAUGUUGUUGGAUGACAUAUGAGCCAGAACAGAUGACUGCAUGUCGAGUGUGUGUGUCACCGCACUGGCAUCCAAAGGUCACUUUAAGUCAGGAAGACAAAGUGCAUAACCAGGAAAUGUGUGCAGAACAAAAUAAAAAAAAGAGAAGAAAAUAGCCUGAGCUUAAGUGACUCUUAGUUAUUACCAUAUCCCAAGAAAUCUGAUAGUACUCUACAUUAGAUUAGUGUUGUUGCACCUCCAAUACCUAGUUUGUAGGUUUAUUUUGCUAUUGUUGUGUAACUAUUUGUGUCCUGUGCAAUUGUUAGUUGAAUAACUAACUACUCAGAUUUGCUGCAUUAUUUCUAGCUAUUUAUUAUUAUUUAUCUGCUUUUUAAGUUAUUUCAAAAAAAUCCGAAUUUAAAAUAUUCCAACACAAUGAGAGACAAAUGGUCGUUUCCUUCCUGGCUGAACAAAGAGGAAAUAUUUUAAGAUAUCAACUAUGAAUUAUUUUCUAUAUUUAUUGUUUAUUUAUGUACUGGGAUCUUUUUAUGUGCAAAAAUUUUGUAUCUACAGGUUUUUAAAUAAUUUUGUAAAGAUUUUUGUGCUUCUGUACUUUUGCCUUUUAUUUCCCCAAACUAUUUUGAAUACACUGCUAUACAGUAAAGAAAAGGAGGCGGAGUUGUGCAUAUUUGGUAUUUAUUUGGUUAUAUAUAAAAAAAAAAGUGAUGGUGAAUAUUUAUUUUUUAUUGUCUAUGUGCUAAUGAUGGUUGUAAAUUGAUUAGCCUUUACCUUCAUCUUGAAAUAAAAGUAAAGCUACCAUAAAUCUGUUGUACUCUUCAGGUAUUCUGACACCACUGCUCUUGUUUAAGCAACACACCAGAAAAGCUCCAUGGUACAAAGACAAUGUUUACUGUAUAAAACAUUAAAACAC